AUGACGGACGAAUUGCAGUCGUCUGAAGAGCUAGCGUUUGUUGCCGAGGAGGUGAAUCGGAUCAUCCUUGCAUCGAUUGAAAGCUUUUUGAAGGACGAAGCGUACGAUGAGUCAAAGGUGUCACAAUGGGUUGACAACAUUUGCGAAUCCAUAAUGAAAGGGCUAAGUGAGCUGCGUAAGCCGCUUAAGUAUAUUGUGAGCUGCCUAAUUAUGCAGAGGAACGGCGCUGGUGUGCAUGCCUCCGUUUCCUGUCAUUGGGACACUGUUAGUGACGGUGCGCUAGUGGUGAAGUGGCCAGGGGACAAGCACAAAGACCACAAUCGAAGUAUGUACUGCAUCAUCACUACUAUGCUUAGUAUUAUUCAAAUUAGAGAAAUGGGGCGCGAAGACCCAGCGACAUACGCUGGCUGGGUGUUCAAAGAAGGAAGUCUUGUGCGAUCAUGGAAGAAAAGAUUUCUUGUAUGCAAGGGUGCAGAGCUAGCUUACUACAAGAACACGGACGAGGAAAAUCAUGCGCAACUGUUAGGCGCGCUAACCGCUGCACACAUCGAGCGUCUGCCCGACAUCACGAAUGGGCUGCUCAUUCAUGGUACUGAAGGCCGGCAGCUCAAGAUCUUUACGGAUACAAAACAGGAGUGCAAUCGCUGCUUCGAGGCCAUUAGUAAGUAUUGCAAGAUGCAGAACACAGGAGACGGAGCAUUGCAACGCGUGGGCUGGCUCGAGAAAGAAGGACAGCACUUUCGCACAUGGAAAAGGCGUUAUUUUGUAUUGAGUGGUACCCAAUUGACAUACUCAGCUGCGAUGGGAGCAGAGAAAUUGGGCGGUGGUCGAGUCAUUGGUGCUAAAAGGGAUGCUAGUCGACCAUUUACUUUGGCUGUGACGUUUGAAGGAGGAAGAAACAUGAGGGUUGGAGGCAAAUCUGAAGGAGAUAUUGACGACUGGCACAAGGCACUGCGACAUGGGCUGCUGUACGCACAAAAACAGCGAGAGAGUGAGCAGGGAAGUCCUUCAAUAGAUGACGAUCCUAGAAAUGCAAGAGACAAGGAAUUGGCCAGACGACAGGCGAGUGCAAGUGUCGCCAGUAACGACCUGACUGAUGAUGAGGCAAGCUCGUUGUUUGGUGCACCCCCACUCGAUGUGAUUGAUACUGCUAAAGGGGUGCAAAAUGAUCAACGUAAAGUCGAAAAAGAGACUUCUGAGGAGGGCGAGUCAAAGGAAAACUACAACUCACCUCUAUUGUACUCAGCCAGCUCAUUUCGACGCCAUAUUGUGGUGGAAACAAUGCCUGACAACACAGCCAGCUUUAUUGAAGUUGCAGAACGCGAGAGUGAAAGCAGCAAUGAAAAACCGUUCUCGCCUACAGCACCAGGCACUAGCACAAUUCGUCGGAUGCGGUUGGCAGAAAAGCUUUUGCAGGAAGAGCUGGAAGAAGAGCGUCGUGAGGCAAUGUUGAAAGAAAACACGGUGCUUAUGCGCACUGAAAGCAGAUCAGAUGGCCAAGACCCUAAAAGUGCCUGCUGUUGCAUAGUCAUGUAA